AUGACUCAAAGCUCCCGCGUUCAGCAUUCCGCCCAACCCAACAGCCUUUCACGGUCCCUCCGCACAACAGCCCCUGUCGCUGCUCCCACCGCUCCCCCCGCGGUUAACCCCAUUGCUCCACACAACCCUCUCACAUCUCCUCCCGCCUCCAUUCCGUCUCCUUCCUCUCACUGCCACUCCGCUGCUCCCCUCUCACCCACAUCUCUCAUAACACGUGCGACAUCGCCGUUGCCAUCAGUCCCUUCCACCGGUAUCAACCGUUGCUCACCGCACUCCCUCCCCUCCUUCCCCUCACUCUCCGCGCUCCAGUCAGCCCUCCACACUCCGCCGACCAAGGCACCUCCCACACUCUCCGACCCAUCUCAGCACCACCUGUCUCAGCGAUACUCUUCCCGCAGCGCCUCUCCAAGCAACGCUGCUUCUUCCGCUUCUGUCGACUGCUCCCCGCCCUCCUCCCAGACCUCCUCUCAACCGCCUUCCCAGCGCACCGCUGCACCAGUGGAAUCACAGAAGCUGCAGGCUGCGGCCACUCUGUCAGCAGGAAACGAUUCAGCUGCUCCCCACCCUGCUGCAGCAGCGACAGCCCUUCCAACCCUGGUGUAUCAUGCAGCGAUGGACGCAUCUCACUUGUCUCCAUCUGCCCUGGCAGCACAACACAUGAGGCCGCACAAGAUCCCUCGGACCAGCCGAGGAGUUCUGCCCCCCGAUGCGCUGGAAUUCGCCCGCUCCUUUUUUUCCGGGCUGCCCGGUAGGGAUGAUUCCCAGGGUGGCGAGAGCUGCGACGUGCAGCAAACACUGGAGCGCACGUGCACCAGUGAAAGGAAGUGCCUGGCCAGUGCAGGGGAAGGCCUGCCUUCUUUGGACCAGCCUUCACUUUCCGACAUGGUUACUACAACAACUGCCGAACCUGGUGUAAUUGCCGCUCCUGGUGUAACUGCUGCUCCUGAUGUGGCUGAUUCUCCUGCAGCUAUGGCUCUUGCUGCAGCAGCAGAGGGCAUAUGCCAGGGAGAGGUAUCCAUUUGGACGGAUCUGAUUGAGCUGGAAGGUGAAGCGGAGGGGGUGGAGUGCGGUGUGGAGAAGAGAGCGGGGAUUACAGUGGGAUCGUUCUGCGAGUUGGAGGAUCUUCUAGAGGGGAAUGGCGAUCUCUUGUAG